AUGUGGUGUCUAUCAUCGGAGGGUAUCAGAGUGGAUCCUAAGAAGAUUGAAGCUAUUGUUAAUUGGAGACCACCCAGAAAUGUUACAGAAGUUCGCAGUUUUCUGAGUUUAGCCAGUUAUUACAGAAGGUUCGUAAAGGGAUUCUCUAUCAUUUCAUCACCUUUAACAAAAUUAUUGAAGAAAGCAGUUAUAUUCCAAUGGGAUGAUAGAGGUCAGCAGAGUUUUGACACUUUGAAGAAAAAGUUGACAGAAGCACCAGUGUUGACCCAGCCAGUGUCAGGUAAAGACUUUGAGAUUUACAGUUAUGCUUCUCAUAUUGGGUUAGGAUGUGUACUUAUGCAAGACAGGAAGGUGGUAGCUCAGCGGAAGGUGGUAGCUUAUGUCUCCAGGACAGUUAAAGCCACAUGA